UUUUAGAGUUUAAAAUUAACUAUAAUGUAAUUAAUGAAGUAAUUACGCAUUAACAACUUUUGUACAACUCUUGUAGAGUAAAAUUUCCUGUGGUGGAUACCUAAUGCGGUUCCAGGUCCGCCCCACCACACCUUUACUUUGCUACACCUCCAGAUUGUUAUCAUCAGUCUAAACUCGGCUUUUUAGCUCGUAAUAUUUGAAUGCGGCAAAAAUGAAAAACGAUGUGCCAUCUGAACAUAAAACUGUUGUUGAAGAAGUAACUCACCAGAAGCGCACAAAAAAAGUCGUGAUUCCGCCAAAAUCGUCGAAUUUUUUAAAACCAAAAAAAGCAAGUUUUUUAAUAAAAAAAAUUAAACUCAAAUCAAAAUCGCCGUCGAGAAAUCCAAAAGAAGGGCCAGUCAGUUUAUCUCUCCCGAGCACUUCCACGUCGCCCUUAGGACGGCAAACUCCCGAAGGCGAUGAUAGUUUAAUGUUUGCUAAGUCCGUAUCUGAAAGCAAUCUCUCUGAAUCGUGGAAAAGUGCCGAAGCCCUAGCGAAAAACACAGACAAUUCGGGAGUGAUUGCGGAAAUCAGUCAAAAUCGCGUUAGUGUUAAAGUGCCUGAAAAAACCAAGUCUUUGGAAACAUUGAAAGAUAUGCCUGCCUAUGGUGACCUUAUUUGUGAUCCGGCAGCUACUGUGUCCUAUGCAAAUAAAACAACUGAACGUAAGGACCAUUUAUACAAAAUUCUUGUGAUCGGCGAUUUGGGAGCUGGGAAAACGUCUAUAAUCAAACGUUAUGUUCAUCGCUUCUUCACACAACAUUACAGAGCAACAAUUGGCGUUGAUUUUGCAUUAAAAGUACUCAACUGGGAUGACAAUACUCUUAUAAGGCUUCAGUUAUGGGAUAUAGCAGGACAGGAACGUUAUGGCAAUAUGACUAGAGUUUAUUACAAGGAAGCUGUAGGAGCCUUCAUUGUUUUUGAUGUAACUAGAACCAAUACUUUUGAGUCAGUAGCAAAGUGGAAAUCUGACUUGGACUCGAAAGUGCAGUUAUCCGAUGGGUCUCCAAUUCCUUGUGUUCUUCUUGCAAACAAGUGUGACCAACAAAAGGAGGGUUUAGUUAACCAUCCCAGUAAAAUGGACGAAUACUGUAAAGAAAAUGGGUUUACAACAUGGUUUGAAACUUCAGCUAAAGAUAAUAUUAAUAUAGAUGAAGCAGCUAAUGCUUUGGUUAAAAAAAUACUUGAAAACGACACUUUAUUGAAUGUAGAGUCACUGAAAGAUGAAGACAAAUUUUCAAUAUCUAAGGACACAAGUGGUCAGAGAAAUGGAAAAAUGUGUUCUUGUUGAUUGUUUAUAUUGCAUUUUUUUAUAUAUAUUAGUUUUGUGUUAGUUAAAUUAGAUGUUUCAUCUUUGAUUUUAAAAUUUUCUAUUUUAGAUUACACUCACUACUGGUAAUGUUGAGAAGGUUUCCUGCAAAUAAUAAACUUUCUACGUAUACGUAGUGUCACAACCAUAUUUUAUAAAUUGAUAGCCAGUAUUUUUUGUUUACAUAGAAUAUUUCUGUAAUACUGCAAACCUUUUAAAGCUUCAUGUUUUAAUACACACUGCGGUUUUUUAAA